AUGACCACUGCGUGCGGAGGUGGAUCGUUACCGACCAGCGCCGUGAGCGUCUUGGGCGCUGUGGCCGUGCUGCUGGUGGCCGCUGUCAGCUACCAGUGCGCCCUGGCCACGUGGCGCAAGUUGCUCCGGGGGUGGCGGCUGGGCUCUGACAGCGGGGUGGAGGCGGAAGCGGCGCCCACUGCCGUCCGCAUCAGCCACUCGCUGCCGGACUUGCAGCCCCUGCCGCCCCCCACAGCACCCGUUCUUGAUGUCCCGCGACCCCCUCGUCCCUGUGAAGUCAAAAAGGUCCUUCGUCAAACUACUCUUCCGUCUGUGCCUACCAGGCAUCAAACUUUUCAACGUCAGCUAUCCCAUCGUCUUGAUCUGGACGAUGUCCCCUUCACCGUUUGUACUCUAGAACCGAAACACAGCAUAGGCCAUAUCAUGCCGGAGUUGUACGCCAAGGAAAUGUGUCUGCAGCCGGCCAUCGAGGAAGUCGACAACGUGCAGACGUGCGGCACCUUGAGCUUCUCCCUUCGCUACGACAAAGACGUCGAGGGCCUCGUUGUCAAGAUACUGGAGGCACACGAUCUUCCCAUCAAAGACUUUAUGGGCAGCAGCGACCCGUACGUUAAGGUGCAGCUCCUGCCGGACCGGAAAAGAAAAUUUCAGACCAAGGUCCACCGUAAGAACUUAAACCCCGUCUUUAAUGAAACCUUCAUAUUCAGUGUUGCGUUUGAGGAGUUGGGCGACCGUUACUUGCAAUUCUCCGUAUACGACUUUGACCGCUUUUCCAGGCAUGACAUCAUCGGUCAGGUCGUGUUCAGAGGUCUGCUGGACCAAAGCGAUUUGGAAAAGGAAAUUGAAUUUACGAUGAACAUCAUCAGCACGCCGCAGGAGAAGAAAGAGUUGGGCGAGCUGAUGCUGUCGCUGUGCUACCUGCCGACCGCCGGUCGAUUGACCGUCACCGUCAUCAAGGCGCGAAAUCUCAAGGCCAUGGACAUCACCGGCUCCUCCGAUCCGUACGUGAAGGUGUCGCUCAUCUGUCAGGGGCGCCGCAUAAAGAAGCGCAAGACGAGUGUGAAGAAGGCCAACCUCAACCCCGUGUACAACGAGGCGCUCGUCUUUGAUGUGCCCGCGGAAAACGUGGAUGAUGUUAGUCUGCUCAUCAAGGUGCUCGAUUAUGACAGAGUUGGCUCAAAUGAAUUGCUCGGUUGCACGGGAAUUGGUGCGCAAAUCACUGGUCUCGGAAGAGAGCACUGGCUGCAGAUGCUGGACAGUCCGCGGCGUCCCGUUGCUCAGUGGCACCCCCUGAAAGACUCGCCGCCGCCCCCGUUGCAACUUGCGUCUGCCUCGUCACCACCUAUUAGCUUCAACUGCCUCAAUACCAGGUGAAGAAAUGCUGAACGGUUGGCGUUGGUCUUCACUUCUGCGCAAUUUGAGGACGUCUCUCCGUCCUAACGGCGUCGGUGGCAAGUUUUCUCCUUUUACAGGCCUUCUCUGUGAAUAGAAAAGGUCCAUAGUCAGCAAAGCACAAAUGCGAGUAGAAGCAGGCACACUGAUAAUUGUAAUUGUGCAAAAUUAAGUGUCUCGAAGUCAGUCAGUUCCUUCUCUAGGAUUCUCGCUUAAUCUUUCUGUUAAAUUAAUUAAUUAUGGGUUAACUCUAAUUGUAAUUUCAUGCAAUCGUGCUGGAAUCUAUUCACGACAAUAGUCGAAAAUAAUUUUGUUUUGUAUUUGAAUUUUUUCACCAUGAGGCCUUUGAGACUUGAGUUGAUCGUUUCUUUUAAUAAAACGCAGCUUCUUAUUUAGCGUGUAGAUUUUGAUGUUUUGGUAAUUUUAAGGGCUAGAUCGUAGCGUAUACUGGUGCUCAAGCUAUUCUUAUUGAACGAGAUUAUCUGAUGAAUAUAACGUCGAAUGCUGGUGCAAAGCGACUUUCGGAACACAUUUAUAAAAAUAUAUUUUAUUAUUUUCAAUUAGACAAUAACGAGCUCUACGAGAAUGAAAAUCAAGUUGUGAAAAAUAUUACAGGCACAGUUUGAUAGCUGAGCAUUUCUAAACUUAAUGAUAUAUCCAAACAAAUUUUGAUUUUGAGAACGAUUUUUAGUUCCUAAAUUACAGCUGAAAUACUUUUUUAUUAUUCUUGAAAACUUCAUCACAGGCUGUCCAUAAAUAAUGAGAAUGAAGAUCAGGUGUAAAGGUAAUUUUUAAUUUCCACUGAAGCUAUCAGCCUAAAUGUGUUCAACAAUAAAAAAUACGCAAUUUCUCUUUUCUAAAACAAAUUUUUAAAAAUGAAAGAUUUAAAUAGCUAGCAUUUGUGCGCUCACAGUUUAAUUUUAAGAAAUCCUCGCCCUUUCCGCGGGGAAACUUCCCGUUAUCCAAAAACGUUGAACCAUAAUCAUCAUAAUAGUAAACAAUUGGAUGAGAAUAGCUCUCAGUCGCUUGAAGACUGUCAUAAAAAUGGGCUUAGGGGUAGUUAUUUCGUCAAGGAAAAAUUAUUAUUUCACGAUUAGGCUGUUCAGCAUAAAUAUAUGUCCAGUUAAAGCGCAUCUGCACAUUAUAACACGAUAAUAUGUGUCUUCAUCAGCAUUAUGCAGAAAAUUAGUUGUAUAGGCUACGUUAUGUGGCCUUAAAUGUUGGUAUAUUAUAUAUUUGUAAAGUCGAAAAAUUGCUUUCCUAAUUCAAGUUUAGCACAAAAUGAUAAAUGUAUGUUUUAGUAAGGAAAUACGGAAAAUUUCUGCAAAGCAAACAGCGUAAUUUUGUGCCAUUUAGGGCGAAUUAUGUAUGUUGAGCUAUUGAUUGAUGUUGAUUCAUCUAAAAACCUAAAAUGUUUAGUGAGAGAAAUAAAUUGUCAGUGUUUCAAAAUUUGUUUUU